AUGGAUAAGCAUCCUGAGUCCUUCAACAAUUCAGUUCCCCUUUCCUGUCUGGCUCUUGUCACAGCCACAUAUCAUUGUGUGUUGGAUGGAUUUGUGAAGAACAGCACAGGAAAGAUGAUGCCUCAAUUCUCCAGCAAGGCUUACAAUUCCAUUUUCCAUGGCAUGAUGAAGGUGCUAAACAAUAUCCUUCAUAAUCCCUAUCACUGUGCAAGGUUGUGCAAUCAGUUUUCUCAGUGGGCAAAGGAAGGAUGGGCUGCACUGCAAGAGGUUGAUUUGAAUGUAGAGAGGUACCAGCACAUUCAGGCAGUCCUUGAUUGA